AUGCCAUUCCCAUCCUUUCUGCCUCUUCUCUCCUCUUUCCUAGGUUGGUCCUACUUUCUUCUCUGGUCCGCCUCUUUCUGGCCCCAAACGUUGCUCCUGCUAAAGCGACGUACCUCUGCCGGUCUAUCCUCCGACUUCGUCCUGCUCAACACGCUCGGAUUCUUUUGCUACACGCUGACCACUUUGGCUCUGUUCGGCAAUGCUCGAGUUCGAGAAGAGUAUGCCUUGCGACAUGGGGGACAGUACCCGGAGCAGCACGCCAACGAUGUGGCUUUCGCCGUGCACGGUCUGGUACUGUGCGUAGCUCAGGCCAUCAUGGCUGCCAUCUUUCCAAAGGCACCCGGGCAAAACGUUGCUCGAUGGGCCUGGUCCGUAUUCGGCCUUCUAUCCACCGCUCUCAUCCUCGCUGGCAUCGCGGCCACAGCGAGCGAUCAGGGACACCUGCCACCCGGAGACAUUGGCGAUGGAAAUCCAGACGAGGCCAAUCUGGCUGGGUGGAGGUGGAUCGACUUUAUCUGGGUCUGCAGCUCCAUCAAGCUCAUCAUCACCAUUCUCAAAUGGCUCGUGAGUGGAUCAGGACCGCGUGUAUGCGGCUGCUUGCUUUGAACCCCUAUGCGUCAUUGGCAUGGAUGCUGAAUUCAUCCAUAAUACUGGCACUCCCACAGCCUCAAAUCGCGCUCAAUUACAGACGCCGCUCAACUAGAGGCUUUGCUGUGACCAACGUCAUUCUGGAUCUGGGAGGCGGUAUCCUGAGCCUGGCACAAAUAGCUGUAGACGCCAGGAUCCUGGGCAGCUGGAGGGCCGUAACGGGUGAUCCAGGAAAGAUGUGAGUGAGGGGCAGCGCGAACCCUUGCAUGCGCACCGUCUCUCGAGGGCGUGCGAUGAUCUCUUGUAGAAGCUGACAGAGCGUUCACCUCUUUUUGGCCAUUCCAUCUUCUGCAAUGCAGCGGCCUGUCCCUUCUGACACUCAUCUUUGACUGCAUCAUCAUCUGGCAACACUACGUGCUGUACGGACCUGCAAUCGUGCAGGACGAAGGAGCGCUCAACUACGAUUGGAGCGAUGAGAGGCGAAGAGAAGAGCAAGAGCGAGGGCGAAACGCGGAGGCUAGGCGUGAAGACGGCGAUGAGGACGAGCGAAGCGCUCUGCUCGGCAAUUAA